CCCUGCUUCUACUGUUAUACAAUGGAGCGCCACAUACACUGCGCUGCUCUAUUAUAACCUUACUUUCUAAUUUUUCUUGCAAAUUAUAUUCAAAAAAAAAAACCUAGCUAUAGCAUAUUUUUGGGAUCUUUGACUCUUUUUUCUGUAAAAGUUACGUUUCUUUUAUUUGUAUUUAAGCCGGAAGUCAUGGCAUCAGCUUGCGUGAACAAAAUGGGUAUGUCACCGGAGAAGUUUUUGGAUUGUUCUCCAGCUGCUAAGUACAAGUCAUAUGGUUGGUUAAGUCCAAGGAUGUCAUUCAGUAGAGAUGGUAGCAGUGGCGGAGGCGGAGGCGGAGGCGGAGGCGGUGAAGGUUCCAAAGUUGCUGGAGCAAAGACAACGAGUGUUGAAGAUGCUAAAGUGGAGGGAGUAGAUCCAGAAGUUUCGAAAGAAAUGAUAGAUUUUGAGUUUAUAUCACUUGAAGAUCCGGUGAAUAUGCUGCCAGCUGACGAACUUUUCUCUGAUGGAAAGCUCGUGCCGCUGCAUCUUUCCAUGAUCAGGCCGUCUACGACAACGUUACCUGCUGUUUCGCCCGAUACACCUCAAGUUCGGAUGAGAACUGAGAUUUGCAAUGCAGAUCCGUAUUUGUUCUCUCCGAAAGCACCUAGGUGUACCACACGAUGGAGGGAGCUUCUAGGCUUGAAGAGACAACAGAGCAACAACAACGCCAAGCAAGAAAUAAUAACUCACAGAACUUCAUCGUCUUUGCAGAACAAUGCCGCUCAUAAAUCCCUGAAAAAUUUGCUCCAUCGUAGCUCAAAGUCCUUGAGCUCUUCACUAGACUCGUCUCUUCAUCUUCCAUUGUUGAAAGACUCUGAUACAGAGUCUGUUUCAAUUUCUUCUCGUUUAUCGCUUUCUUCUUCCUCUUCCGGCCAUGACCACGAUGAUCUUCCUAGAUUUUCUCUUGAUUCAGAUAAACCAAAUAGUACUUUCUCUAGAAAUGCAAGUCAUGUCUCUAACUCGCGUAGAGUUCGAGUUGUGAAACGUAGAGUAUAUUCCUCUGAAAAUCCAUUAGCUGCUACGAGAACUAGCAGAAGCCCAGUUCGUAAACAACCAGAUGCUAAAAUCACAACUGUCCGAGGAGUAUCUGUUGAUAGUCCUCGCAUGAACUCAUCAGGGAAAAUCGUUUUCCAUAGCCUAGAAAGAAGUUCAAGCAGUCCAAGCACAUUCAAUGGUGGACCUAGAUAUAAACACAGAGGAAUGGAGAGAUCUUAUUCAGCUAAUGUCCGUGUUACUCCUGUCCUCAAUGUCCCCGUUUGUUCCCUUCGUGGUUCAUCAAAAUCCGGAGUGUUUGGGUUUCCUCUCUUCUCAUCAUCAUCUUCGUCGAAUAUUACCGGAAACAAAGGUGGACAUCACAGUAACAACAGCAGCAGACCCCGAACAGAUCGAAUCAAAGAAUGAAAAGGGUCUUAUUAGGCUAUAGAAACUUGAUAAGGCAAUCCCACUUUAGUGCAUUUCUUCUUUGAACUUGGUAAUCCUCACUCUUUUUCCUUAGUUUUUGAGGGGUUUUUUCAUGUUGGGAGUUUCAAUUUUUCCAUAUUCAACAGGCUUAUAAAAAAAAAACUAUGUAAAUAUGCAGUCAACUAGCUCCUAGCUUGUUUUUUUUUUAAAUUUUUACUUCCAUUGUUGUUAUUUUUGUUUAUUUUUUCUAACUCUGAGAUGCUCAAAGCUAAUGUUUUAUGAAUUUUCUAAUUGUUUUUUUUUUUAAUCUUAUUAUAUGUUUUUCUUGUACCUGAAAGCUAUGGGAAUCUCUCUGUUAUACUUUUCAAAAAAGUCCUUACCUUUCUUUUCAUUCUUGAUUUUCUUGAAUGAAUAUAAUUAAUGAUGAUAUGAAAGCGUUUGAGAACCACACGCCUUGAAUGGUGGUGGUAAUGAGUUAUGUGAACAGUAAUUAACAUUUUCUGGGCAGAAGGAAGAAGGUAGCGUGACAUGCAUUGGCAUCUUUCUCUGCUAUGCUUUACUGGAAAUUAAAUAUAUAAUUUAGAAAAAAUAAUUGUAAUAUUGAUUUUUGUUACAUCAAUUAUUGUAUUUUUUUUAUAAUUUUUUCUGGCUCUUUUUAACUAU